AUGGGGAAGCUUGGCUUCAAAGUGACACCUCACGCAUACGGCAUUCCUACCUCCUUGGAAGCCAAGUACGGAGAGGGCGGCCGUUUGGUGGUCUUCAACACCGAGUACGAUGCGCUACCUGGCAUUGGUCACGCCUGUGGCCACAAUCUCAUCGCAACUGCAUCCCUGGCGGGCUUCAUUGCCACAGUCGCCGCUCUGAAGACUUCCGGCAAGCCUGGACGGGUGAAGCUCCUUGGUACUCCAGCCGAGGAAGGUGGCUGCGGUAAGGGCAUGCUCGUUGGCAAGGGCGCCUAUGACGGGGUCGCGGCUUGCGUCAUGGCUCACCCGGCUCCUAUGUUUGCCUAUGGCACUGAAGGGCGACACGGCAACGCCUUCGUUAACCAUGUUGCUACGCUUAGCUUCAAGAUUCAGUUCGAAGGCAAGGCUGCCCACGCAGCCGCCUCACCUUGGGAGGGCGUGAAUGCUCUUGACGCCGCUGUUCUCGGCUACAAUGGCGUCAGCAUGAUGAGGCAGCAAAUGACGAAGGAUUCCACCGUCCACGGUAUCUUUACUGACGCUGGAAUUAAGAGCAAUGUCAUUCCCGACUUUGCUGCCGUUGAAUACGCGGUGCGUGCGCCAACCAUUGAGAAAACCCUGGAGCUGCGAGACCGGGUUGUUGCGAAUUUUCGGGCCGGCGCUAUAGCCACAGGCUGCAAGAUGCAGGUAGAAUACGAUGUCUUCUACGCUCCCAUGCGUCCGAAUAAGCAACUCUCUCUGGUCUUUGCCGAUUGCGCGGCAGACCUGGGCAUUCCCAUGUGGUGCGACGUGGACACGAAGGAGGUUAUCUCUGGCGCUACCGACCAGGGGAACGUCGGUUGUGUUGUCCCCGUCAUCCACCCCAUCUACGGUAUCGAUGCCAAGGAAGGACAGAGCAACCACACUGUCGGCUUCACAGAAGCUGCUGGAGCCGAGCCAGCGCACGAGCGCAGUCUCAUUGUUGCCAAGGCUCUGGCGAGGUCUGCCUGGGCUGUCCUGACCGACGAUGAGGUAGCCUCCAAAGUUCAACGCGAGUUAGAAGAAACAGUGGCGGAGAGAAGGAGAAAGAUUUCUUGCGAGGAGGAGAUGUCUCUCAUUGUAAAGGAUUCCUCCAGAAUUAGCACGAUCGUUAAGAAACUGUGCUCUUGUGGAAAUGUGGGCUAA